GCAGUCGGCGUCCGUGCAGAGGACCCGGGAGCGAGUAGCAGGCAGGCCCCGUUUAUGCACAGCCCAGUGACAUACAUAGAAGCGUAAAUCGGGCUAGAGAUGGAGCGCCCGGGCGCGCACAUGUGUGCAGACCCCCAGGCAUGUCUGUACGCCGUGGGGGCACCUGUCGUGUGAGUAGCUCCGGGCGUGGCUGCUCCUGGGACGUUCUGUUUCUGUAAGAUUUAUCUCCAGGGGCCUACCGCCCCCGUCUCCAGAGGGGAACAUAAGAAGUUUAACCGAGCUGAGACUGAGCAGAUUAAAGGAGUGGAGCAGAGGAAGGGCCGAAAGGGUGGGGACUGCGGGCGCUGGGGAGAGAGAAUCGCUUCUCUGACCCCUCUCCCAGCCAGAAAGGCAUUUUGGAAAGACUGGCAUGACAAAAGUGGCCCUGAAAUGUCUAGUGAGCUGGAACGGUGAUGAUUAUUGAGUAAGUGUCACUGGGCUGAGCCUGGCCAAUUUGUGAACGAGAGGGAUGCUAGCAGUUAGGAAGGCAAGGAGGAAACUCAGGAUGGGGACCAUCUGUUCCCCCAACCCCAGCGGGACAAAGGCGGCUUCAGACGUCUGCAAUGCCGACUGGAUGGCCUCGCUCCCCCCUCACCUCCACAACGUCCCCCUUUCCAAUCUGGCAAUCCCAGGUUCCCAUGAUUCAUUCAGCUACUGGGUGGAUGAAAAGUCCCCAGUGGGACCUGACCAAACCCCUGCUAUCAAACGUCUUGCCAGGAUCUCCUUGGUGAAAAAGCUCAUGAAGAAAUGGUCGGUGACUCAGAACCUGACCUUCCGCGAACAGCUGGAAGCUGGGAUCCGCUACUUUGACCUUCGUGUGUCUUCCAAGCCAGGGGACGCCGACCAGGAGAUUUACUUCAUCCAUGGACUUUUCGGCAUCAAGGUCUGGGAUGGACUGAUGGAGAUUGACUCAUUCCUUACACAACACCCCCAAGAGAUUGUCUUCCUGGAUUUCAACCACUUCUACGCCAUGGAUGAGGCACAUCACAAAUGCCUGAUUCUCCGGAUCCAGGAGGCAUUUGGAAGCAAGCUGUGUCCAGCCUGUAUUGUGGAAAGCAUGACACUGCAAACCCUGUGGGAGAAGAAGUGUCAGGUUCUUAUCUUCUACCACUGUCCCUUCUACAAGCAAUACCCCUUCCUGUGGCCAGGAAAGAAGAUUCCAGCACCUUGGGCAAAUACCACAAGUGUGAGAAAACUAAUCCUCUUCUUGGAGACCACCCUGAGUGAACGAGCCCCCCGUGGCUCCUUCCAUGUCUCCCAGGCGAUUCUCACCCCCAGAGUGAAGACCAUUGCCCGAGGCCUGGUGGGGGGUCUCAAGAACACACUGGUUCAUAGGAAUCUUCCUGCCAUCCUGGACUGGGUGAAAACUCAGAAGCCUGGUGCCAUGGGUGUCAACAUCAUCACGUCAGACUUCGUGGACCUGGUGGACUUUGCCACGACCGUCAUUGAGUUGAAUGACCUUCUGCAGGAGGACAGAGCUUUGGCUAAAUGCUGAUUUAAUUGUUUGUUUAACUUAGGGUUGAAGUUGUUGAUCCAGGGUAGAGUUCUUUGAAGGAUUUCCUGUUGGGAUGGCCCCUGGGCAGUGGUAGUGAAAAGAGAAUAAGAGGAGGAGGGUUUCUUUUUUUUUUCUUCCUCACAGGACCAUUUGGUUAACAUUAUAGGGCCUUAAAUUGCAUUUUUCCCAAAUGAGUUUUAAAAAGCUUAAGUCCAAGGGAAGAAAGCAUGUUUCAUGUGCUCAAGGACAGAAUCUCCCCAGUGAAUUGUGGUAGUGAAUAGAAUAUGGAGAUAGGGUCUCUAGUCUAUUGGAAAAUGGAGUAACCCUCAGUUGAUCCACUUCCCUAUUGGUUUCCAGGGUCUUGUGUUGAACCAGUGGGAAGGCUAAGCCAGAAAGGCAUUCCUGGUCCAAAGGAUGACUCAUUACAAGUGUGGACUGCCCUGUGGCUGGCUCUAACUUCAACCUGAGGUUCUGGGAGGACAGGCAGCCAAGCAUCAGAUCUCUCCAGGGUUGUCAAAUGGCACCACUACUUCCCUGAGGGAAUAAGACUUGUUUGUCACCAAGGUGUCUCAUCCACAAGCUGUUCAUGCAUAGCUUGUGCUGGUAACUGGUCACCUGAAUUCUUCAGAUAAACAGUGCCUACUGCCCUUGGUAUCAGAAAUGUUUCCUAGUUUUAAAGCUUUGAUUCCUUUCUAUUUCUUUCGGCCCCUUCUUAAAGGGAAGGGAACAAUGAUGGGAGAUCUUGUCAGUAUGGGGCCCACCAAGAAAUAGACAUGCAUGUUUGCUGCAUGCUGGCUUUCUUUGAUUUAAUUCUCUAGUGUUUUUCUAAAAUGACUGCCAGGUAAACACCUGCAUCAUUUUGGCAAAGUCCUCUUUGGCGUGGGGUCUUCAAGCCAGACCUUGGAAUUGCAUUUCAUUGUCGUCUGCCAACGACUGAGACCUGCACUGUGGAACACAGUAACAAGUAGAAGACACCUUGUCCAUGGCACCAUGGAGGCUGAAGCAGGAUUCAUGGGAGAGUGCAAUGGCAUUAAAGGAGGAAGCUCCAAGUGGGUUUGGAGCCAUUCUAAAACUCCUUGAAAACAAGACUACCUCGAGGACCUUUAGGAUGACUUGUGUGUCAUCAAGUGAGAAAUACCCAGUGCUGGGAUUUUUCCAGUGCUUGUCUGGAUUGCUCUACUUUCUGCAGGUUGUUCUGAGCCUACUUAUCAUUACUGCAUGAGGGCUUUGAAACUCAAGAGGGUUUUUUUUUAUUUUUUAUUUUUACUGAUAAGAGGUGCUUAUCUAUGAAGAGCCCUCUUGUGUUUUGGUUUAUUUAUUUAUUUAUUCAUUAUUUAUUUAUAGAUUAAGUAUCUGCAGUGCUUCUGACCUCAAGAGCACUCACACAGGAGCUAACUGACCUUUCCUUGCCCAGAACAGACGCUGCCACAGCCUUCCUCUCCUUACCAGGACUGUGCAUCUCAGGUCUGUGAGUGACACUGGACUCUGCUACAGGCGAUCUGACUCCCCCAACUCUGCUGAGGACAAAAGGGAUGUGUGGAUGUGAACCAGAUCCAAGAAACACUUUCAAGCCACACAUAGGGACCGAAAAUGAAAUGGGUCAUGGAGAACUCUCAGUCCUUGGGCUAGACCCUCCAGUGGAGAGCUGGAAAGAAAGAAGCUAGAAAUAAAACUGGGCCUGAGGAUGCACUCACUUUGAUGCCCCUCAGUCCUGUUGUAUUGAUGGAAUCCCUAAGGAAGUGUCAGUUUCUGGAUUUUUUUAAAGAGGAAAUAUAAAUCUAGAAUCCUGAAUGGAUGGGGGCAUUUAUAAAGAUUACUGGACUCUUCUUCCAGCAGUUUCCCAUUUCUGUCCUUUGAUUUCUCAGGCAGAUUUUGCAUGUUGCCUGCAAUGGGGGAUGUCUUAGGUGAGCUACCAAAAACACCUACGUGUCCCCAACUAUUGGUCUUCCAGCUUCGCUUUCUGUAAAGCAACUUAAGUCCUGACCUUUCUCAUUCUCAGUUCAAGAUGAUCACAACAGGAAUGCCUAUAGGAAAAUCUGGCUUAACUUUCCCUGUUCCUGCAUUUGAAUCCUUCCCUGAAGAGGUUUCCGGAAUAGUAUUAUCAAAUUCUAUGGGGUCUUCUUCAAAUAGGAGUAAGAAGGUGGGUGUUCUCACUUUCUUAAUUUUCCUUCAGUUCUGCUGUUGAACUCUAAUGACAGGCUCUGAAAUCCCUGACUUAACCUCUGAGUUUUAUUUUCUUUCUUAUUGCUCCAUUUUGGUUUGGUUUUUAAUUCUUGGUCAUUUGCUAAGGACUAGACCAUUUUCUCUCUCCUAACCCUGUGUUCCUUGACAAAGAUUUAAGGAGGCAAGAGAAGAGUAAUUCUGCUCUGUUUUAUUUGAGCCUCAGCUUUGUCCAGGUGCUUGGUGCUAUGAGGCCAGGUGUGUUGACAGGUAUCUGCACAGGAGGUCAGCGACACCCAAUGGCUGUUCACUGUCCAGUGAAAUGUUUACUUAAUGUUCUUCCUUCAUUUAAAAAUAUAUAGUUGCACUUCUCUUGGAUUGUGACAUUUUAAAUGCAUUUCAGUGUUUGCAUGUGAAGAGAAAAAUCAUGGAAUAUGACACAGAAGAACAGAAUUCCUAAGGUUGCACCUACAGAUCCCUGCUCUGCAUGAGGAGUGCAGGCAUUUACUCCUCAGUGCUGCUAUGGGUUGCUUGCCUUGCUUGAAUUUUGCAAGUCUGCACUAGAGUUCUGGGAGGUAGGAUGAUGAUUAUUUACAAUUUUUCCCAGUAAAUGCUCAAAUCUCUGCCCUCAGAAAAAGGCAUACUUUAUUGCAAAGAAUGUGUGCAUUCUGCUCCUUGAUCAUGAGGCUAUGCAAGAGAGCUCAGGCACAUAGCACAGAGAGAAAGUAGACUUAAGGUCAGUGACUCAUUCUGCAACCAUAAGAAUGGUAAGCCACCCACAACACUUGUUCUCACAAGUUCUGGGGCCCUUUAGAGCAAAACAAGACUCUCACACUUGCUCAAACUUAACUUCAAGAUCAGCUAAACAGCUACUUGAUAAAGCCCAUGAAGAAUGUAUCUCACAGAAUUUGGGGUCCUGUUUACUCUGAAAUAUAACAGUAUUUUCCAUGAGCUUCAUUCCAACACUGUCACAUUUCCAGGAUUUUGUGGCAAAGGGACCAUCACAGGUUUUAACUAGGUGAAAGUGGUAUUUUAAAGGCUUGGACUUUGAGCUUAUUAGAGGUGCCCUGUGGUGUCAUGAAGAGAAGAUAGUCUAAGGGCUGGAGAGAGAAGUCAAGAUGGGGUUGAUAGAAGAAAAUGAUAAGUUAUUUAGUAUUAAUUUUUUUUAUUAAUGGAAGAUGUAAUAGGGUCAUGCAAGAAAAGUUUUUUUUUAUCUGCUGCAUUUGACUCAAUAAUAACUGUUUAGUCAUUUUCCUUUGUGCUGAGUUCAGAGCCCUGAAGUUUUGAGGUUAAGCCACAGUAUAAAUCCAAGUUUUAUAUAAAUGCAAAGAAAAGCACAAGACCUGGGCCCAGGUGAUGAUAUAUCUUAACUAUUUUAUAGUUCUUCUUGCAUGACCUCAUAUUCAAAUAAAAAUUUAUGUUUCUGUCCAAGAGGACAAUGUAGUAGAGUACCUUUCUUAGGAAGAAAAAGGGCUUACACAAAAUCAGGUCAUUGCAGAUUACAUUCCUGCCAGAGGUAAAGUUGGGUAGUGUUCUUCAUUGGCUGUUCGGUUCUGGGAAACAGAAUUACCUAAUGAAUGGGACAUGGCCAUGAGACUCCCCUUCCUUAACUGAGCAAGUGACCCUGUGCAAAAUUGUCCUUAGCUCUUUCAUCUGUAAUGAAGAUGCUAUCUGCUACCUAGUGAUGAGUGUUUGGAAAACCUUGGUUACUAGUUACUGAAAAUAUAAGGUCCCUAUGUUUAGAUUAAAUGCCUUAUACUCAGGGGAUGUACAGUUGUGGUAAUUCUUCUUUCUAUGCAUGUGUAUAGAGAAUGUGACUUGGGCUUAGUUCCUAAAAGUGUGGUGUAAGUUGACAGAACUUUACCAGGAAUGGCACCUUCUGUGUUCCGUGUAAUGAAAUGUGUAGGGCUCAAAGAAACCUGCCAACAUGCUUAUUGGCUCUGAGAGGUGGAAUUUCUUAAUACAUGCUAAAUAGUCUUGUUAGGCCAAGAGGAAACAAAUAGAAAAUGAGCGUGUCAAGCAUUCAAACCGAGAGGAAGUUUGGUAUGGCACAGAAGAAUAUGGUUGCCCUUGAAAUUCCACUCACUUACCAGUACAUCUUGGCUCUCUGCUGCAGGCUGGCUCCUGGUAUUUGCCACCGUAGCUUUGUCACUCAAAAGUGUUGCCCUGGAAAACACAGGAGCGAAGUGAUUAAAUGACAAGAAGUUUAGCUGGAAACUUUACCCUUAAUUCCAGAGGAUUCUGAUCAGCUCUUUACUGCCCCCAAGAGACACACUAUCUCCUUAGCCUUUGGUUUCCCAGCUUCCUGCUAGAAACAGCACACUGAUGGCACUGUAUUUCUGAACUAGCCCUAACUCGGAAGUAUCCACUACAAAAUGCUAUCGAUUUUCUUAAAGUAGCACAGUCUUAGAUACUGUAAAAAUAGUCUAAGAUAAUGCUGUCCUGCUUUAGAUAUAGUGUUUUAGCAUCUUCAACAAAACCCAUUCUACUUAGGACUUUCCAAACUCAUUUCUAAACCAAAUGAUUUAGAUAAAACAUCUCCUUUCUCUUUUCUGGUAGUGCAGUUUCACAAUCUGUUGAGGCAAUCCCAUCAAUAGUCUGGAGACAUUUUUCUAUAUGAUUCCUUCCUCUCUCCUUCAUAGAAUACCAUUUUGUCCUCUUGUCUCCUGGCCAUCCUCCAUCAUCUGCUGACCACUCUUCAUUACAGGAUGUUGGCAAAAGGCACAUACAUACAGUGAUGUCCUGCACACUCUACCACAGUGGGUUUUGCUCCUUAAUUAUUUUCAGUGCAUAAUUCUGUCCCUCAGCCCCAUUCAUUCAGUAGAACUAUACUUGAUUUCAGUCCAGAACUUGGGACCAACACUUAGUUCAAAUAGCACAGGCUUCCUCACAAGCUUUAAGCUCAAUAAGAAGCACAGCACUUUGAAAAGUGAAAUAUGGAUCUUUGGUAGUUCUGUACAUUUGCAAUUUUACAUUGUUAUUAGUUUUUAGCACUAAUAACACUUCAUUUAUGAAUCCGUAGUAUCAACAUGACAAAUUUUAGAACCUAUUGUAGAAAUGAUAUUACCUUGCUGCUAUUAUACUUACUAAUUUACACCCCAGUGUAAGUAAGUAUUAAAUACAAAUUGUGUAUGCAUUAUUUGUUUUGUGUAUAUGCCAACUAUAAUACUUAACCUCACUGAUCACUGAUUAAAAAAAUACAGAAAUUGUCAUAGUGAAAAUAAGUCUUGGUCAAUUCAGUCAAUUUAUGUAUCUGAUAAAUGCUCUAAUGUUAUAUUUUCUCCUCUAUUACUUGUUUUACACUACAGUGCAUGUUUGCUAAGUUAAAAAUAAUAAUAAAUUAUAUCAAUUUUAAGGUUUUAGGAUUAAAAUUUUGCAUAUAUGCUUCUUGAUACUCUGAAAUGUGUUUAUGGCUUAAUUAUCUUAUUCAUACAGAUUCACUUGGCUUUUUUCCCCUCUAGGAAAUAAUUGUUCAAAUAUAUCUCUUUCCUUCUUGUAACCUUGAUUAAACCGUGUAAUUCAACCUAGAACAUUGUAAAGCCAGAAUACCUCAUUUUAACUGUGAAAAAAAAUGUCAAGGGGUUUGAUGACAUGAUGUGUUUCCUUGCACUUGAUUUGAAUGACAUAAAUAGGAUUAAACCUAAUAAUAAAUAUUAAACACUGAAACUU